AUGCUGUGGACAAAGGUCUGUCACCUAGCCAACGGCUACGCGGGCAGCGCCCACGGUCUUGACAAGAACCAGAAGACACCGGUGGACACUUCGUGGUUCCAGUUCCUGAUCAAGCAGUUGAGAGGCGUCGUCAAUGGUGCUCAACAGAUAUAUGCCUACGACUGGUAUGAGAUGGGAUUUUUCAUAUAUGCUCUGUCCAGCGGGGCUUCGGUGGCUUUCUGUAUCGAUACCCCAACAGUGUUUCAGAACGGACUUCUCGAGAGACUGAACUCGGGAAAGGGUGAUGCACCAAACGAGGCCAUGGCAUUCCUGCAAUGUGUGAUUGUUGCAGAAAUAUCGAGACUGUACGAUGUCUCGGUUUGGACUCUGAGGGAUCAGAUCAGGGAUAUUGAAAAGACGCGAUCCGCCGCUCAUUAUGUUGAUUCGGUCCUCGAUUUCGCUCAAUUGCACGACCUCGCUCGACACACCAUCCAUACUUGCGAAGUGCUGGCAGUGGCUGUCGACACCAUCAACACGCUGUUGGCUGACUACCGUUCUGCUUCGGAUAAGCUCUGUCAAUGUCCAAGCGGCUUUGGGCCUUCGAUGCAGCCACAAUGCCCUCACAAUGAGAUGUCGUUUUGGCUCGGACUUCUGGAGAAUUUUGGGCGACGAGCUAAGUCUCUGAAUGAGAGACUGUCGAACGAGAUCAAUCUGGGCUUCAACCUCGUGGUCCAACGAGACACGCGGGAAACGGUCAUGAUUAGCAGGAUGACGGUCGACAUCAGUAGCGCGGCGCGAAGCGAUAGUGCAUCGAUGAAGACGAUUGCAGUAGUUACCCUUGCUUUCCUGCCGGCCACAUUUGUUUGCACGAUAUUCAGCAUGAGCUUUUUCACACUCAACGUAGAUAAUGCGACGGGAGCGAAACACUGGUUGAUCUCGGACCGUUUCUGGAUAUACUGGGUCAUUACUAUGCCGUUGACUGCUUUAACUCUGAUUUGUUGGUGGUAUGGCCAACGCAAAGAGGAGACACGCGAGAGGAGCAGACAGCCGAGUUGGAAAUCUACAGGGCCAUAA